CUUAGCUGACUGAGCCACUCAGGUGCUCCAUCCCUUGAGUUUUUGAGGUGAAACCAAAAACACUUCCUGUGAGCCAAGCAUGGGGAUAUUGUGCCAGUUCUAUUAUGGAAUAUCUCUGUGUGGCCCUGAAACCGGGCUAAGUGUGACUUGUAAGUUAAUGAUUACCCUAGCAGUUGAUUAAACUACUUGGUUUCACUAGACUGCAAGCAGUUCACCUGCAGAGGAGUCUCCAAAAAGCAACAUGUUCCCUUUGCUCUUUGGGGCUGGACUGGUGGUUCUGAACCUAGUGACUUCUGCUAGGAGCCAGAAGACAGAACCCCUUAUUGGCUCUGGGGACCAGCUGCUCUUCCAUGGAGCAGAUCGAUCUGACUUUGCCAUUAUGAUCCCUCCAGCAGGCACAGAAUGCUUCUGGCAAUUUGCCCACCAGAAUGGAUAUUUCUAUUUCAGUUAUGAGGUGCAACGGACACUGGGAAUGUCACAUGACCGACAUGUUGCUGCCACUGCACACACCCCACAGGGUUUCCUCAUAGACUCCUCUCAGAAUGUUCGAGGCCAGAUAAACUUCUCUACCAAAGAGACAGGUUUUUAUCAGCUUUGUCUAAAAAAUCAGCAAAAUCACUUUGGUUCUGUGCAAGUGUACCUCAAUUUUGGAGUCUUCUAUGAGGGGCCUGAGAUGGACCACAAACAGAAGAAUGAAAGAAAACAACUGAAUGAUACUCUGGAUGCCAUUGAGGAGAGUACACGGAAGGUGCAGAACAAUAUCUUCCACAUGUGGCGAUACUACAACUUUGCCCGUAUGAGGAAAAUGGCUGACUUUUUCCUUCUCCAAUCAAACUAUAACUAUGUGAACUGGUGGUCAACAGCUCAGAGCCUUGUUAUUAUUCUUUCUGGAAUCCUGCAGCUGUAUUUCUUGAAGCGUCUCUUCAAUGUCCCAAAGACUACAGACACGAAAAAGCCAAGAUGCUAAGCCAAAAUGACUACAGCAGCCUAGCUCUCUUCUUCUGGGGCAGAAGCUCUGUCAAAGUUUUGGUCAAAUAAGCUUUGUAGAUUACUGGGAAAAAAUCAAUUUAUCUUGUUCGAACAUCUUAGUCUAUUGCUUUCCUUUCCUCUCCAGUUGCCUCAAAAUGGCAAUAAAAUAAUAAAUGUGCAAGUUUUGAUAUUAGCUAUUACUAAAGUGUGUACCAAAUGCUACCAUCAAAAUACUGUUCAACAUACAGCGGUCCCUCAACCUUUACUAAGUCUAUCUAGAGGGUUUACACAUAACCUUGGGAAGGAGAAUUGAAAAAAAAUGGGACAAAACAUAUCUGUUUUAUAUGUUGCAUACAAAAACAGGAAUUGGUAGACUGCUUUUUUGUAGUUGAAAAUUUUAUUUUUAGAGAUGUCACCUUUGGAAUUUAAAAUAAGCAGGAAAAAAGUGUAUUUAAAGAAAUGCUUUAUAAUACAGGCAGUUUAAAAAAAAACUUAGUGGAAUUUUUUCAUUAAAAAAACAUUUUAAUAAUUCCAAAAAUAAUUUUGGCAGGCAUGGGCAAGGUGGGAGGAGCUGAAUUAUUUCAGUGUCUAUGAUUAGUGCUUUCUGUCUAGUCCAGUCAGGUAAAUAAAGGUUGGUAUGGGAAAUCACAUUUUAAGAAAUCAAGGUGAUGAAAAUAACAUUAGCCUGGGAUCAUACCAUCUCAGAAAAAGGAGAACAAGAACCAAGAUAUAUCAUCAAAACUACACUAUCACGACAGGAGAUCCUAUCCUUAGUAAUAGAAAUACCCGGUAUAUACGACAUAAAAAUAAUUCUUACCAUUUAUUUAACACCUAACAUUUGACAGGCACUGUGCUAAGUGC